CGAACGAGGCCGCAGUUCAUUGUUGGUUGCUCGUCAAGGCGGUCGUCUACGCCACAUUCCGCCGUUCUUGCCCCCUAUUCUUACAACGUCGUCAUUCUUCGUGUGCCGUACAACCUGCAGACAGUUAUUCAUCUGAUUUAGAGAAAGGACAAAGCCGGGCCGCCGAACUGAACCACAAUGGGACAAUGGGAAAAAUUGCGGCGACGUAUGGGAGCAAUAGCUUCAGCGGCACGAACACCAUCGCCGCUGGUGAACACAAAAUCUGGUCCCGUACGUGGACGAGAAUAUAUCCUUAUCGAUGGACGGAUUGUCGAUAUGUACUUGGGUAUACCGUAUGCUGAACCUCCAGUAGGAAAGCUGAGAUUUCAGAAACCGCAACCAGUAAAGCCUUGGACAGAAGAAAAGGAAUGUGUAAAAUUCGGGCCACGGUGUCCACAACAAGACGAGUAUUUUUCUCAGUUCAUAAAUAUAGUGGGAAAAGACGAAGCAAGAUGUCUUACACUCAAUGUUUUCACACCACGAUGGCGAGAAGAUGCUCCAAGCAAAUUUGCUGUAAUGGUAUGGGUUCAUGGUGGAGGCUUUUCCGUUCACUCCAGCAGCAAUUACGGUGACACAUCUAUUGCCAGAAAUCUCUGUGUAAAAGACCUAGUUGUUGUAUCUGUAAAUUAUCGCCUUGGCCCAUUUGGAUUUUUCACCACAGGCGAUGACGUCUGCAGAGGUAAUCUCGGUCUCUGGGACCAAACGCUUGCGCUACAGUGGGUCCACGACAAUAUCGAAGCAUUUGGCGGAGAUCCAAAUAAUGUCACUGUAUUCGGCCAAAGUGCCGGUGGAGCCAGUGCGGAUUUAUUGGCCAUAAGUCCACAUUCACGCGAUUUAUUUCAACGAGUGAUUCCUAUGGCCGGUUGUGGCGAAUGCGAUUUUGCUAUGCGGACGAAGGAGUCACAGGCUACAUUGAGUCGAGAAUUUGCACGUUAUCUGGGAUGGACGGGGAAAGACGACGAUUCCGAAGGAUUACUGCACUUCAUGCAAGCUCAACCUUCAUCGCAUUUAGAAGUUGGAAUGCAACCAAGAAAGAACUUUCGACAUUCACAGUCGGGUAAUCUGUACUUUGUUCCCAAUUAUGACGGUGACUUCUUCCCGAAGCCGAUGGAGGAGCUGCGACGUGAAUCGCCUAAGAAGUCCAUAAUGUGUGGAACCACUCAGAAUGAAGGAUUAUUUUUUGUGGCGCUUGGAGGAUUUCCGAAAAGCUUAGAAGGUUUUCGAAAGUUCUGUGAUCGUGUAGUUUGCGAAUGUGACUAUGGCAGUGAUUACGAAACCAUUCGCAAGGAAAUUUGUGAUUUUUAUAUGAAGGAUGUGGAUCCAAAGAACAAACUCAAGGUGGCGGAGCGUAUGGUUGAGUUCUUCGGUGACUACGCUAUCAAUGCGGGAAUGAUGCGGUAUACGCGGCUAAUGUCACAAUUUGGCAAUGACGUCUAUUUUUAUUGUUUUGAGCACUUCAACCCAGAUGGUUUCGGAUUCUUGCGCUUUAUGCUUCCUUUUAAAGGUGCAACACAUUGUUACGAAUUACGUUACGUACUUGGGAAAGGUGUUUUUGCUAAAUUUCACCCGAAUGAAGAUGAUUUGAAAAUGCUCGAGAUUAUGACAACGUUCUUCUCCAAUUUUGCUAAAUAUGGUGAUCCUAAUGGUGAUCCGAACUCGUCCUCAUCAGAAAAUGGGAAAACAUGGGAGCGAUAUGAUAGUAAACAGCCGUUCCGUCAUCUUCGAAUAAACCUUCCGCAACCUGUUAUGGCUGAUGACUAUCAGCGGAAGAGGACCGAGUUCUGGGACAAGAUCAUUGCAAGAAAUCACGUCAAAGCGAUGUUGUAGAGCAAAUUCCAGCAAAACGUGUAUCAUUAUCUCUAGCAUUUAGGUAAUCUUAUGUGAUAUCAUCUCAGUAAUUGUUUUUCUAUCAUAUCCAGUGGUUUUUACAAUUAGCAAAAGGUUCCACAGCCUUUCAAUACACUUUUAAAGCCUUUUACCUUAAUGCCCGUUCUUUUCUGGCUGGUCCAUGGGUAUUUUCAUUCCCUUUUUUCUUUCGAAAAUUCAAGUAGCUGUAAAACGUAACGGUUUCUCACACCAUCACAUGUCUUAUGUAAUUCUGUACAGGCUUUUUGUUCUCAGAAAUCGAAAAUUGGUUUAUCUUAACGAUCUUUUAUAGUCAUUUGUUCCAACGUGCCGUGUUUUGUACA